AUGGAGAAGACAUUGCAGGUGCAGACAGAUAGACCCAAGAAGAAGGGUGAUGGCUCCAGUCAAAGAAACCAAAUUUCAGAGAAAGAUGACGAGGCUGCAAUAGAAACAAUUUUAGAGGCCGUGGCAGAGAAGAAAUAUGCCAAACCCAUGUUGACCCCAAUUGAAGAGAAGUUGAAGUUAGUUAAAGAUGGUGGUGGUAAAUUUGUUAAUGCCACUAAUUUUAACAAAUUGGUUGGAAGCCUAAGAUACUCAACGUUGACAAGGCCUGACAUUAAUUUUAGUGUUGGAUUAAUUAGCAGUAUUGGACGUAAAAAGAAGCAGCUGCCUGCGACAUCACAGGCUAGGCCGAGUGCUCCACGGCCACCUUCGGAUUAUGAUGUUGAGAAGGGUCAAACUGCUAAAACUGGUGCCAUGAGAGAUGGGGGAAUGGCUAUUUUGGGAGCAACAGCAGCAGUUGCAGCUGCCACUAUUGCAGCAGAAGCCACGGACGGAGGUGGUUGCGGAGGUGGAGGUGAUAGUGGCACAGGAGGCGGAGAUGGCGGUGGGGGUGGUUGUGGUGGUGGUGGUGGUUGUGGGGGAGGCUGCGGAGGAGGGGGCUGUGGUGGCUGA